AUGCGUUCUGUACUCUUCUUUGCGCUAUUCAUCGGUUUUCUAGCUUGUACAUACGCAAGUGAUGUACUUACUCUUACUGAUAGUGAUUUCGAGACAAAAGUAAAACAACAUGAUGUUUUACUCGCUGAGUUUUAUGCACCAUGGUGUGGACAUUGUAAACGACUUGCACCAGAAUACGAAAAAGCUGCUACAGCAUUAUUAAAAAGUGAUCCACCAGUUGCUUUAGCUAAAGUUGAUUGUACAGUUGAAACAAAAGUCUGUGGUAAAUAUGGUGUUAGCGGUUAUCCAACAUUAAAAAUCUUUAAAAAUGGAGAAGUUUCUGAAGACUAUAAUGGUCCACGAGAAGCCGAUGGUAUUGUUUCAACAAUGCGAUCAAAAGCUGGUCCAUCAUACCGUGUACUUGAAUCAUUAGCUGAUUAUGAAAAAUUCUUAGAACAUAAUGAUCAUAGUAUCAUUGGUUAUUUUGAUAGUGAUUCUCAUUCAUUGAAAAAUGAUCUUGUUAAAGUUGCCGAUCAAUUAUCUGAAAAAUUCCGUUUUGCUUAUACAACAGCUAAAGAUGUUCUUGAAAAAGUUGGCCAAACAAAUAAAAUUCUUGUUCAUCAACCAAAACGAUUACAAUCAAAAUUUGAAGAUGCUUAUUCAGUUGUCGAAGGUUUUGGUGAUAAAAUUAAAUCAUAUAUUCAAGGAAAAAUUCAUGGUCUUGUUGGUCAUCGUACAACAUCAAAUGUUGCUGAUUACAGUAAACCAUAUGUUACUGUUUAUUAUAAUGUUGAUUAUGUACGUGAUACAAAGGGUACAAAUUAUAUUCGUAAUCGUAUCUUAAAAGUUGCAAAGAAAUUAGCUGAUGAAAAUGUUAAUGUUCAUUUUGCUGUUAGCAAUGCUGAAGAAUUCCGUCACGAAUUAACUGAAUUCGGAGUUGAUGAUGUUAAAAAAGAUGGCAGAUAUGUUCUUGCUCGUGGUCCAUCUGAUCAAAAAUAUAAAAUGACAGAAGAUUUCAGUUAUGAAGCACUUGAAGAUUUUGCUCGUAAAGUAGCUAAAGGUGAACUUGAAGCAUACUUAAAAUCACAAGCUAUCCCAGAACAAACUGAAGAUGUUAAAGUUAUUGUUGGACGAAAUUUCGAUGAUAUUGUUAACGAUGAAACUAAAGAUGUUCUUAUUGAAUUUUAUGCACCAUGGUGUGGUCAUUGUAAAUCACUUGCCCCUAAAUAUGAUGAAUUAGCUAAAAAAUUGAAAAAAGAAUCAAAUAUUGUUAUUGCUAAAAUGGAUGCAACUGAAAAUGAUGUUCCAAGUCAAUAUGAUGUUCAAGGAUUUCCAACAAUCUAUUUUGCACCCAAAAAUAACAAGAAAAAUCCACGAAAAUAUGAAGGUGGACGUGAAGUCGAUGAUUUCAUUAAAUAUUUAGCUAAAGAAUCAACUGAUCCACUUAAUGGUUAUGAUCGUAAUGGAUCAAAGAAGAAAGGCAAAAAGACAACUGAAGAUGAAUUAUAA